AGUGUCUGUUUAAUUGAAUAUGUAUAUAAUCGAUAUCAUACAUUUAACAAAUCGCCUGUUCAUCGCCUACUAAACAAACCACAUAUUAGAAAGAUAUAGUAGACCAAACUACAGCGUGGUAGUUACCGGCAGAUUUCUAAUACGAUUAUUUAUUGCAAAAUUUUUGUACAAUGUCUGCUGCCGGCGAAAACCAUACACCAGAUAACCAGCAGCGACGAUGGCAGCAUAUAAGGAAGGUCUUGGAACGUUCGGGUCCCUUCUGUCACCCUGACUUUGAACCGUCUCCCGUAGUAUUGGACUUCCUCAUGAAAUGCUGCAAAGUUUUAAUUGUUGGUGCCGGAGGUCUUGGCUGCGAACUUCUCAAAAACCUCGCUCUGAUGGGUUUUACAAAAAUUCAUGUGGUCGACAUGGAUACUAUAGAACUUUCCAAUUUAAAUCGUCAGUUUUUAUUUCGGAAAAGUGAUAUUGGUUCUUCUAAAGCUAAAUGCGCUGUUGAAUUUGUUAAUAAGAGGGUGCCAGGCUGUGAAGCUGUAGCACAUCACUGUACCAUCCAGGACUUAGACGAAGGGUUCUAUAACCAAUUUCACAUUAUUGUAUGUGGACUUGACUCCAUCAUUGCCAGACGCUGGCUAAAUGGGAUGCUUAAUUCUAUGUUGCAGUAUAAUGAUGAUGGAAGCUUGGACCAAAGCAGUGUGAUACCUUUUGUAGAUGGAGGUACAGAGGGUUUCAAAGGCAAUGCCAGAGUGAUCCUGCCUGGUAUGCUUGCUUGCAUUGAAUGUACCUUGGAUUUGUACCCUCCACAGAAGACAUACCCUCUUUGCACUAUUGCUAAUACUCCUAGACUUCCAGAACAUUGCAUAGAAUAUGUAAAAGUUAUACAAUGGGCCAAAGAAAAUCCGUGGGGUCCUGCAACAACAAUUGACGGAGAUGACCCCCAACAUGUUGCAUGGGUAUUGGAAAAAGCUCAAGAACGAGCUUUGAAACAUGGGAUCACAUCGGUUACAUAUAGACUGACUCAAGGUGUUCUGAAAAACAUUAUUCCAGCUGUAGCUAGCACUAAUGCAGCUGUAGCUGCUGCCUGUGCUACUGAGGUAUUUAAAAUAGCAUCCUCAUGCUGUGCGAAUAUGACUAACUACAUGGUAUUAAACAUGGCUGAUGGAGUCUAUACAUACACCUUUAAUGCAGAGAGGAGGACAGACUGCUUGGCUUGUAGCAAUUCUAAGCGCGUGAUGGAAGUAGAACCUUCUGCUACAUUGCAGGCAAUUUAUGAUAAUCUUUGUGGUGGCCAGGACUAUUUGAUGAAGAGUCCAGGAAUAGCAACAAUUAUUAACGGUCGUAACAAAACCUUGUACAUGCCUUCAAUCAAGAGUAUUGAAGAAAAGACAAGAGAUAAUUUGAAAAAGAAGAUAACUGAACUUGGCUUGUACGACGGCGCUGAUAUUUUAGUUGCUGACGUCACUACACCUAGUACCAUUACAAUAAAACUAAAGUUUACCGAGAAUAUGGAUGUUGAAAUGCCUCGAUAG